AUGCUUAACGUGGCCAACGCUUCCCCGGAAGGCCUGCGGAAAGUCUUCUUCCAAGCUGAUGUACAAAUCAUUGCCGAGGCGAACGCCAAGACCGUGGAACAACUCCUCGCACUCAUCACGGAACUACAGGGCCACUGCCUUAUCCGUACAUCAAGGCUCGACCGCGCCCUCUGCUGGUCCACUCGCCCUCGCGAUGCUGCCAAGCAGAUCCUCGCUUUGGGCCACCCCGAUCGAAUGCUCUACGAGUAUGUCGAGGAUGCACACCGGAAAGGCAUCUGGCUGCGGGACCUCCGCAAGCGGUCCGGUAUCCAGGGUCAGUCUGUCGACAAGGCUAUGAAUCGACUGGAGAAUGCGAGACUGGUCAAGGUCAUUCGUAACGUCAAGUCGCCGAUGCAAAAGACUUACUUGCUUUCGCAUCUCAUGCCGACGGAUGAUGUUACCGGUGGCAGCUUUUUCGAUUCCGGCGACCUCGACGAGAGCCUGAUCGAUGAGAUUAAGAACCUUAUCAUCUUCAAGGUUCGCAUGGACAGCUGGAGCGAGCAGAGAGUGCACAGCAAGUCGAGGCGGGGCCGGUCACCCGCCGCUCUCGAGGACGGAGACGAGGUCGAGUACGAACAGCCAGACCAUGCCGUCACUUCGCCGACUAGAAAGCGCAAGCGCACCAACGACAUUGAGGACCUCGCCACCCUCAAGCGGCAAUCCUACAACCCGGACACGGAUCCAUUAACCUACACACAACUCCCGUACCCAGCUUACUCCAAAAGCUAUCCCACAACCGACGAUAUUAUGACUUGGCUCAAGACUACCCCAGCCAUCCGCGCCACCAAGCAAGAACAGCUUACCGUCGACGAGAUCCAGCGUGUUCUUGAUGUGCUGGUCUGGGAUGACAAGCUCGAGAAGGUUGGAGCGGGCUACCGUAGUGUCCGCGGCGUGGUGUGCAGACAGCCAGGUCAGCCGUCCGAGUCUGACGAAGAAGAUGGAGACGAGGAUGGCGUGGUAGGUCUUCGCAAAGGGAAUGGAUUGACUGAGGCGCCGUGUGGGCGGUGUCCGGUUUUUGACUUGUGUGAAGAGGGCGGGCCUAUCAAUGCAAGCAGUUGCGUCUACUGGGCUGCGUGGAUCGAGAAGAACGUGUGA